CCUUCCUUGCCUCUUCAGAGCAUACACCACGUCCAUCGCGGUCACCGUCUUGCGGCGGGCGUGCUCCGUGUAGGUGACGGCGUCGCGGAUGACGUUCUCCAAGAAGAUCUUAAGAACGCCGCGAGUCUCCUCGUAGAUCAGCCCGCUGAUACGCUUCACUCCACCCCUGCGAGCAAGACGGCGAAUGGCCGGCUUGGUGAUGCCCUGGAUGUUAUCGCGCAGCACCUUGCGAUGACGCUUGGCUCCUCCCUUUCCAAGCCCCUUGCCUCCCUUGCCGCGCCCAGACAUUCUUGCUUCGGAGAUCGAACGAGGAAGGUGAGAAUGAUUUGAUAUGCUUAGUAAAAAAGACGGAAGGUAUGAGAGUGAGAUGGAAAAAUCUGUGGGUCAAGGUAUUUAUAAAGAUGGAAAUGGGGUUUGCUGAGGAAGUGAGAAAUCAACGAUCCGGGUCAUGGAGUGGAAGACGCUGUCUCCGCCGUAGAUCUCAUUUAAUCUACGACUGAAAUGAGAUUUUGUUUUAGACAUGGAUCGCUGACGUGGGUAGAGCG